CCCGGCGCGCGUCCAGCCCCCCAGAUGAACAAACAACAGCAAACCAAGCGCGACGCGAGACGGAAAUGGGGCGGAGAGAGUAGCGCGUAACCCGCAAGCUCCACGCCACCACCACCCUCCCCGAAUCCAAUCCAAGCCCUAGCGCCAACCGCCGCCGACGAGGACGCCAAAUCCCUCGAUCUCCUCCUCCUCCUCCGCCUUCCGCCCCCCCAAAACCCUAGCCCCGGCGGGAGGAGGCGGCGGCGGCGGCGGGGGUGCAGAUCUUAGGAUGUCGGACUCCGCGUCCAUGGCCGCCGCCAUCGAGGCGCGGUUCAGCGGCCGCGACCUCAUCGGCCGCGGCUCCUUCGGCGACGUCUACAAAGGGUUUGACAAGGAACUGCAUAAGGAAGUUGCAAUAAAAGUUAUCGAUUUAGAAGAAGCUGAGGAUGACAUUGAAGACAUCCAAAAGGAGAUAUCUGUUUUGUCACAAUGCCGUUGUCCAUAUAUAACUGACUAUUAUGGCUCAUAUCUUCAUCAAACGAAACUGUGGAUAGUAAUGGAAUAUAUGGCUGGUGGUUCUGUCGCUGACCUACUCCAAACUGGCCCUCCUCUAGAUGAAUUGUCUAUUGCAUGCAUUCUGAGGGACUUGUUACAUGCAGUUGAAUAUCUUCAUUCAGAAGGAAAGAUUCACCGUGACAUUAAAGCGGCAAAUAUCCUCCUGACUGAAAGUGGAGAUGUGAAGGUUGCAGACUUUGGUGUUUCUGCGCAGCUGACUAAAACAAUGUCAAGGAGAAAGACAUUUGUUGGAACUCCCUUUUGGAUGGCACCUGAGGUUAUUCAAAACUCUGACGGGUACAAUGAAAAGGCAGAUAUCUGGUCGUUAGGUAUAACUGCUAUUGAAAUGGCAAAAGGUGAACCCCCUUUGGCAGAUAUCCAUCCCAUGAGAGUUCUUUUCAUGAUACCUCGUGAAAAUCCUCCUCAGCUUGAUGAGCAUUUCUCUAAACCGAUGAAGGAGUUUGUGUCACUAUGUUUAAAGAAGAAUCCAGCAGAGAGGCUAAGUGCCAAGGAUCUUCUUAAGCACCGCUUUGUAAGAAAUGCUAGAAAAUCUCCAAAGCUUCUGGAUAGAAUAAGAGAGCGACCGAAGUUUCCAGUAAAAAGCAGUGCGGAUGCCACACAAAAUGGUCGAACACAUGUUGAAGAAGAUGAUGGUACUGGUACUAUCAAGGUUGAGAGGGCUACAAGGGAUGUAGUCUCUCCUUCAAGUCAAGGAACUGUUAGGAAAGCUGCUGGCUGGAAUCUUCCAGACAGAUCAGAGGGCACAGGAACUGUUCGAGGUGGUUUAAAGCCAUCACAAGUCACCUCCACCAAGGAUAGUAGAUCCGAUGCUUCUCAUAGUCCAAACACACCAAAACGUACAGCUGAUCGAGAAAAUCAAUGGAGAACAUCAUGGACGGGGUCUGAAGAGUCGAUCUCAACAAACCCGUCGCAGAGAGAUGCACAAAGUGAAUAUGGAAGACUAGAGAGUUCUACAGAAGAUAAUGACCAAUCUAUAAGUGGGUCUGGAACUGUUGUACUGCGCUCGCCAAGAGCAUCUCAGGUGUACCCUGCAGCUACUAACCACAGUUCCAAGCCUCCCAGUAGAUUCUCCUCGUAUGAAGACACGUCUAUCAGUGGGACAGUCGUUCGGAAUCAAAUUGAAGAACCAGAAACUCCACGAUCUUCAAGGUCGAGACUGGGAAUCCAAGAAAAGUCACCAAAUGCUUCACUGGAGGACAGUGCAACUAACCUUGCAGAGGCAAAGGCUGCUCUCCAGGCUGCGUUUAAAAAGGGUAAUGCUCGUGAAAGACAUGUUAUCAGCAAACAUGAAAAGGAAUCACAUGAACCCAGAAUUUCGGCAGUAAACAGUCAUGAUGCCCCAAGUGAGAAUGCUGACAUGGAAAAAGGUCGCAAACCACGCCAGAUACAUGAUGGACAAUCAGCUCCUCAAGCUUCUGGUUCUGUAUCUUCACCUGCACUCUCGUCAUUGAUAAUUCCUUCUCUAAAAGAGGCUACUGGUGACAAGUUUAACGGACCAGUUGUUCAUACAUUCCUUGAUUCCUUGAUGCAUCUCGAAAAAGAGCUACCUGGAUCUUGUGAGGUGCUGAUUGGCAGAAUGCUCCAUCGGCUAGGGAGCUCGAAGGAGUCCUCGCUGCAAAGUCUUCAAGAGACGGCGACAUCAGUUUUCGCAAAGAAAUCUGAACCUCCCUCUGAACCUCCAAGUAACAAGAAAAUGGCUAAUACACCUUCCUUGGCUGCCCCUACCGUAAGCCCUUUGGCGAGGUUCCUUCUUACAAGGUGGCAAAACCAAGUUUCCCAAGAUCUUAACUCCGUCUGAAGACAAUACAAAAAAAAAAAAACCCGUCAUGAUUCAAUGUAUAAUUAAUUUUGAGUGUACAUAACGCUAUGGUUAGAAAUCUCUUUGUUGCUAGCUGUUCUCAGCAGCUUGUGCUGCUACCGGUUGUUUCAUUUGUUUGUGUUCGCGGUGAAUAACACAUUUUCUACCCAUUUUAUAAUGUAACUUUGCACCCACUGUACCUGUAUAUCACCUGAGGAACAUUAAUAACACAUCAAUUUUUUUCCA